ACAACAAAAGAAGGAAGUUCUAUAUAGAUGCCCGAUGCCACCCACAGACUAUAGCAGUGGUCCAAACUAGAGCAAAUUAUACAGGUGUUAUUACUGAGCUCAAAUUACCCCAUGAGAUGGAUUUCAGUGGAAAAGAUGUCAGUGGAGUAUUAUUUCAGUAUCCAGACACCGAGGGAAAGGUGGAAGACUUUUCUGAACUCAUUGAAAGAGCACAUCAGAAUGGGACUCUUGCCUGCUGCGCUACUGACCUUCUGGCUCUCUGUAUUCUGAAGCCUCCUGGGGAGUUUGGAGUAGAUGUUGUCUUGGGCAGCUCCCAGAGAUUUGGCGUGCCACUCUGCUAUGGGGGACCCCACGCAGCAUUCUUUGCUGUCAAGGAAAACCUAGUGAGAAUGAUGCCAGGCAGGAUGGUGGGCGUUACAAGAGAUGCAAAUGGAAAGGAAGUUUACCGACUGGCUUUACAAACCCGAGAGCAGCACAUCAGGAGGGAUAAAGCUACCAGCAACAUCUGCACAGCACAGGCUCUCCUGGCUAAUAUGGCAGCCAUGUACGGUGUCUACCAUGGAUCCGAUGGAUUAAAGGAUAUUGCAAGACGGGUACACAAUGCUACAUUAAUCCUGGCGGAAGGUCUCAGGCGAGCUGGUCAUAAACUGCAUCAUGAUCUGUUCUUUGAUACCUUGACGGUCACAUGUGGAUGCUCGGUCAAAGAGGUUUUGGACAGGGCAGCUCUUAGGAAGAUAAAUGUUCGGAUUUACAGUGAUGGCAAACUUGGAGUGUCACUUGAUGAAACUGUAAACGAGAAAGACCUUGAUGACAUAUUAUGGAUUUUUGGUUGCGAGUCUUCAGCUGAACUAGUUGCUGAGGGAAUGGGUGAAGAAACCAAGGGGAUCCUUAGCACCUCAUUUAAGAGAACUUCCAAAUUCUUGACACAUCAGGUUUUCAACAGCUAUCACUCCGAGACAAAUAUUGUGCGGUACAUGAAGAGAUUAGAAAACAAAGAUAUUUCUCUCGUUCACAGCAUGAUUCCUUUGGGGUCCUGUACAAUGAAGCUCAAUAGUUCAGCUGAACUUGCGCCGAUUUCAUGGAAAGAAUUUGCCAGCAUCCACCCUUUUGUGCCUUUGGAUCAAGCUCAGGGGUAUCAGCAGCUUUUUAAGGAUUUAGAGAAGGACCUGUGUGAGAUUACUGGCUAUGACAAAAUCUCCUUCCAACCGAACAGUGGAGCCCAAGGAGAGUACGCAGGUUUGGCUGCAAUCAAAGCUUAUUUAAAUGCAAAAGGAGAACGCCAUAGAAGUGUUUGCCUUAUUCCUAGAUCUGCUCAUGGUACAAAUCCAGCAAGUGCACAAAUGGCAGGAAUGAAGAUUCAGCCAAUUGAAGUGGACAAAAAUGGGAGCAUUGAUAUCUCCCAUUUAAAAGCAAUGGUGGACAAGCACAAAGAGAACUUGGCAGCCAUCAUGAUCACGUACCCUUCUACCAAUGGUGUGUUUGAAGAGGAGAUUGCAGAUGUGUGCGAUCUAAUUCACAAACAUGGAGGCCAGGUUUACCUGGAUGGAGCAAAUAUGAAUGCCCAGGUGGGUCUGUGUCGUCCUGGAGAUUAUGGCUCUGAUGUCUCUCACUUAAACCUUCAUAAAACCUUUUGCAUUCCCCAUGGAGGAGGAGGACCUGGAAUGGGACCAAUUGGAGUGAAGAAACAUUUGGCUCCCUACUUGCCUACCCAUCCUGUCAUCAAAAUUCAGACGGAUAAGGAUGCUUGUCCUUUGGGUACUGUCAGUGCUGCACCUUGGGGUUCCAGUGCCAUACUGCCCAUUUCCUGGGUGUAUAUCAAGACAAUGGGAGCAAAAGGUCUUAAACAUGCUUCUGAGAUUGCUAUAUUAAAUGCAAACUACAUGGCAAAGAGGCUAGAGAAGCACUACAAAAUCCUUUUCAGAGGAGUAAGAGGUUACGUAGCCCAUGAAUUUAUUUUGGAUACAAGACCUUUCAAAAAAACAGCAAAUGUUGAAGCUGUGGAUCUUGCUAAGCGACUUCAGGAUUAUGGUUUUCAUGCUCCAACCAUGUCCUGGCCAGUGGCAGGGACUCUCAUGAUUGAACCAACAGAGUCUGAAGACAAGGCAGAGCUGGACAGGUUUUGUGAUGCAAUGAUCAGUAUUCGACAGGAAAUUGCUGAAAUAGAGGAGGGCAGGAUGGAUGCCCAGGUUAACCCUCUGAAGAUGUCACCACAUACUCUGAACUGUGUCACUUCUUCAAAGUGGGAUCGCCCUUAUUCCCGAGAAGUGGCAGCAUUCCCACUGCCUUUUGUGAAGCCUGAAAGCAAGUUUUGGCCCACAAUUGCUCGCAUUGAUGACAUAUAUGGAGACCAACAUCUGGUUUGUACCUGCCCACCAAUGGAAGCCUAUGAAUCUCCCUUCUCUGAGCAGAAGAGAGCUUCUUCAUAACACUGUUUCCAGCUUGAGUUUCUGAGUCAAUCAGGAUGGCCUUUUCCUCCCAGACCUGAUAGGGGAUUUAUAUACUGUGUAUAUUUUGGAUAAUCACCACAUUCGUUAAUUGAAUCACCACUCAGUCAAAAUGUAAAUACAAUCAGUAUAGUAGGUGUGAACAAAACGUGUUUGUUCCACAGCAGCUGACGUUGAAGUUGCCUCGAUUCAGCAUUUUCUCUGCUUUGUGCUGAAGCUUUAACUGUUAACUCCCAGUUUGUGAUGUGGUAUACAAAAUACGGUUACAGAAAUUAGAGAAGGUGCAGAUGUGUAAAGCUAUAGUAAUAAAUAUUAACCGGAGGACUAAUUGUUUAUAUUUUGUAAAAACAGAUGAAGUAGAUUGUUUAAUUUACUUCAUGUACUACUGGUCGCAUUGCUAAUAUUAAUAUUUUGUGCUGUUUUUAUCUACCAAUGUUAGUAUUCUAAUAAAGUUGGACAGAAUUUAA